CCAAACUUCAAACUAUACCUUCAGCAGCGGCAUUUUUUUUGCAAACUAAUUUCUUUACACAAAAAAUAUAAAAAAAAGAGAAAUCAAUUGCUUUUUAGAUUAAAAUCUUUUAUAUUUAUAAAAACAAAUCUAAUUCAAAAUGCUCAUCAAAGUCAAAACUUUAACUGGAAAGGAAAUCGAAAUUGAUAUUGAGCCCACUGACAAAGUCGAUAGAAUCAAGGAACGUGUCGAAGAGAAAGAAGGUAUUCCACCACAGCAACAGCGAUUAAUUUUUUCUGGAAAACAAAUGAAUGAUGACAAAACAGCUGCAGAUUACAAAGUACAGGGAGGCUCUGUUCUUCAUUUGGUGUUAGCUCUUCGGGGUGGAUUUUGAAGGAGAUGUAUUUUAAUUUAUUCUUUUUUUUUUUUAUAUAAAUGUGCACCCACUCAUUGGCAGGUAAUCCAGAUUGAAUCUUUUUUCAUUGUGAUGAGUAAAAAUUGAUACAAAAUAAAAAAAAAACAUUAUUUUUAUUUAAUAAUUAAAAGAAA